AUGCCGACAGGCCAACAUUACAGUCCAGAAACAAAAGAAUUGAUGUUCAAUGUAAUUAAAUUUAUUGAAAGAGAAAAAAAUGGAGCAACCAUACCAUUAUAUAAUGCUAAUGAUCGCAUAAUGGCUGCACUUCAAAUAUCGCAUGGUUCUCUGGUUAAUUUGAAAAAUGAAUUAAAACAGUUAGAAGAAGAGCAACAAAAAGUUCUCGAACAGCAGUUACUUAAGGAACAACAGCAACAACGACCAUUUGUACUUGCGCAAAAAUAUAAAAACGAGCGUUUACGUCGACGAUCAUCUUCACCUUACACGAUACCAACAAUUGACCAGUCCAGAAGUACGAAUACGCCUCGUCCAGCUGCUAAAUCACCAGCCAAACGUGGUGGUCCUACCAAUUUAAAAAUUUCUUUAACUGAGUACGAAGAAGACUUAAUAAGGCCAGUUCUUAUGAUUUAUCUUUUCCAUUUCAAUAGUUGA